AUGGACGCAGAUGUGGAUUCUGCUUGGAUAUGUACACAAGCCAUCGUAAGUACGGAUAGUCAAUCGGACGAUGAACAAGAAAAAAUUAACAAUUAUGGAUACAUUGUCCUAAAUGAUAUGAUUGACAAUGAACGUUAUAUACUAAAAGAAGGUGAUAAUACAAUUGGAAGACAUCCCUUAAAUCAUAUAUACAUUGAGCAUCCGUCAGUAUCGAUGAACCAUGCUGUUAUUCAAUGUGAUUCUGAUGGUGUUGUUCUGUUAGAUAAAGGAAGUUUAAAUAAAACUAAACUUAAUAAGAAAACUUUGAGGAAAGAUGUUGCUUAUUUUCUUGAAGAAAAUGCUUUGCUGAUGUUUGGAGAAGUCCAAGCUGAUUAUUUUAUAAAUGAAAAAUCUAUUGAAUUUAAAAAUGAUACCAAAUCAAUGGCACCUGAUAAUACUUCUUUACACAAAGUAACUCAAAAUGAUGAGCUUUCCUUAUCAAAAUUGUCUAAUACGGUCAACAUUCCAAAAUUGUUUGGAACAGACAUACCUAAUGCAAUUUCUGAUUGUAAUGUAUCCUUAGUAAUUGAAAAUAAAUCUACAUUCAAGAUAGAAAAAGAAGUUAACAAAACCAUUACUGGAACUGAAUGUGCCAUGAAUACUGUUAAUGAUAUACACACAAAAUUAAAUUCUUCGAGUCCCUGUGAUGAAUAUUUAUUAGAGGCUCUUAGCCAAGUAGAAACAAAACAAAAUAAUAUAAAUUCUAAUGAAAUUGUUCACAAUUUAUCUAAUGAAGCUACUCGUAUAAUGAAUUUAACAGAAUCCGUAUCCGAAAUAACACGAGAAGAUACUCCGAGUCCUGUAAUGGAUCUUAAAAGUUCCAUUUUAACAACAAACAAUGUAACGAAAAAUCAAUUUCAAUCACCUAACAAAAUUAAUACAGAAGCGAUGCGAGAAGAUACUCCCAGUCCUGUAAUGGAUCUUAAAAGUUCCAUUUUAACAACAACCAAUGUAACGAAAAAACAAUUUCAAUCACCUAACAAAAUGAAUACAGAAGCGAUGCGAGAAGAUACUCCCAGUCCUGUAAUGGAUCUUAAGAGUUCCAUUUUAACUACAAACAAUAUACCAAAAAAUAUAUUUCAAUCUCCCAGCAAAAUAAAUAAAGAACUAAUUCGAGAAGAUACUCCUAGUCCAAUAAUGGAUUUUGGAUGUUGCAAUGAUUUUGAAAAUGAUAUUGAAACCAAUAACCAUGGUAUAAUUUCAGCCAUUCAGUCUCCAAAUGAAGUUGAUGAAUUCAACAAUACUCAAGUUUUGGAAAUUGAUAACAAUAUUAUAGAAUUAUACACACAUACCUCAAACAACGAUGAAGACCAGGACGUUGUAUCUGGUGAACAGUCAAUUAUUCCAAUUAAAAAUUGUUUAGACAUUAGCAGUAAUGGCAAUUUAUCAGGUCCAAACAAUAUUCACUUAUCUACCAAUGGUAAUAAUAGUGAUAAACAUAAGAUAAUUGUUAAUACUUUUGAAGCAGAUGAUGAUGAUGUAUUCAGACAUUUUAUUGAAAAAGAAUGUAAAUCUCAGCAACAUGAUAUGGCGAAACUUGAAAAUGAAGAUUUUUUCAACUGCCCCACUCAGAAAGUAUCAAUUAAAAAACAUAUACAACCAAAAGUAACCUCUUCAAUACAUGAUAAAGAAACACAAAACCUUAUAGAUCACUCAAAAUCACUCAAAAAUAAUGCAAGAGCUUCAACAAUUAUACAUGACGAUUUAACUCAGAUUCCCGAAAUGGAUGAUGACUUUUUCAACUGUGCUAUACAAAAAUUAUCAACAUCUAAAAAUAUAUUUCCAAAACCAAAAGUAUCUGCUUCGAUACACGAUGAAGAAACACAAGAACUUUUUGAAUUUUCAAAACCUUGUAAAAGUAAUUCAAUUUUAUCAAAAAGUUGUAUUCCACCAAGUCAAAAUCCUAAAAUAGAUGAUGAUUUUUUCAAUUGCCCUACACAAAAAUUAUCAACAUCUAAAAAUAUAUUUCCAAACACAAAAGUAUCUCUUUCAAUUCACGAAGAAGAAACACAAAGACCUCCAGAAUUUUCACAAUUUAAUAAAACAAAUAUUAUUGCUUCUAAUAACUAUUCCACCAAUAUAAAUAAAGAUUUAACAGAGGUUCCUGAUAUGAAUGACGAUUUUUUCAAGUGUCCUACACAAAAAUUAUCAACUUCUAAAAAGUUACGACCAAAAGUAACUUCUUCAAUACAUGAUGAAGGAACACAAGAACUUUUAGAAUUUUCAAAACCUUGUAAAAGUAAUUUAAUUGUGUCAAAAAGUUAUUCCACCAGUAUACAUGAAGAAAAUCCUCAGAAUCCCAAAAUAGAUGAUGACUUUUUCAAUUGCCCUACACAAAAAGUAUCAACAUCUAAGAAUAUAUUUCCAAACACAAAAGUAUCUCCUUCAAUUCAUGAAGAAGAAACACAAAAACCUCCAGAAUUUACACUAUUAAAUAAAACAAAUAAUAUUGCUUCCAAUAACUAUUCCACCAAUAGACAUGUAGAUUUAACAGAGGUUCCUGAAAUAGAUGACGAUUUUUUCAACUGUCCUUCUCAAAAAGUAUCAACUGCUAAAAAGGUACGGCCAAAAGUAUCUUCUUCAAUACAUGAUGAAGAUACACAAAAACUAUUUGAAUUUUCAAAACCUUGUAAAAGUUAUUCCUCCAGUAUACAUGAAGAAAAUACUCAAAAUCCCAAAAUAGAUGAUGAUUUUUUCAAUUGUCCUACACAAAAAUUAUCAACGUCAAAAAAUAUAUUUCCAAAACCAAAAGUAUCUCCUUUAAUUCAUGAAGAAGAAACACAAAGACCUUUUGAGUUUACUCAACUCAAUAAAACAAAUACAAUUACUUCAAAGACCUCUUCAACCAACAUACAUGAAGAUUUAACAGAGAUUCUCAAUGCAGACGAAGACUUUUUCAACUGUCCUACUCAAAAGUUAUUAAUUACUAAAAAGAUAAAUCCAAAAUCAAAAGUAUCUUCUUCAGAACAUAAUGAAGAUACACAAGAACUUUUUGAAUUUUCUAAACCUUGUAAAAGUAAUUCAAUUACUUCAAAGACCUAUUUCACCGAUAAACAUGAGGAAAAUACUCAAAAUCCCAAAAUAGAUGAUGAUUUUUUCAGUUGUCCUACACAAAAAUUAUCAACAUCUAAAAAUAUAUUACCAAACACAAAAGUAUCUCUUUCAAUUCAUGAAGAAGAAACACAAAGACCUCUAGAAUUUUCACAAUUUAAUAAAACAAAUAAUAUUGCUUCUAAUAACUAUUCCACCAAUAUAGAUAAAGAUUUAACAGAGGUUCCUGAAAUGGAUGACGAUUUUUUCAAUUGUCCAACACAAAAAGUAUCGAUUACUAAAACGAUAAAACCAAAUUUAACUUCUUCAAUACAUGAUGAAGAAACACAAGAACUUUUAGAAUUUUCAAAACCUAGUAAGAGUAGUUCAAUUUUGUCAAAAAGUUAUUCCACCAGUAUACAUGAAGAAAAUACUCAAAAUCCCCAAUUAGAUGAUGAUUUUUUCAAUUGCCCCACACAAAAAGUAUCGAUUAUUAAAAAGAUAAAACCAAAUUUAACUUCUUCAAUACAUGAUGAAGAAACACAAGAACUUUUAGAAUUUUCAAAACCUAGUAAGAGUAGUUCAAUUUUGUCAAAAAGUUAUUCCACCAGUAUACAUGAAGAAAAUACUCAAAAUCCCCAAUUAGAUGAUGAUUUUUUCAAUUGCCCUACACAAAAAUUAUCAACAUCUAAAAAGAUAAAUCCCAAACCAAAAGUACCUUCUUCGAUACAUGACCAAGAAACACAAGAACUUUUAGAAUUUUCAAAACCUUGUAAAAGUAAUUCAGUUUUGUCAAAAUGUUAUUCCACCAGUAUAUAUGAAGAAAGUACUCAAAAUCCCAAAAUAGAUGAUGAUUUUUUCAAUUGCCCUACACAAAAAUUAUCAACAUCUAAAAAGAUAAAUCCCAAACCAAAAGUACCUUCUUCGAUACAUGACCAAGAAACACAGGAAUUUUUAGAAUUUUCAAAACCUUGUAAAAGUAGUUCAAUUUUGUCAAAAACUUAUUCCACCAGUAAACAUGAAGAAAAUACUCAAAAUCCCAAAAUAGAUGAUGAUUUUUUCAAUUGCCCUACACAAAAAUUAUCAACAUCUAAAAAAAUAAAUCCAAAACCAAAAUUAUCUUCUACAAUACAUGACGAAGAAACACAAAGACCUCCAGAAUUUUCACAAUCCGAUAAAAUAAAUAAUAUCGCUUCCAAUAGCUAUUCCACCAAUAGACAUGUAGAUUUAACAGAAGUUCCUGAAAUAGAUGACGAUUUUUUCAACUGUCCUACUCAAAAAUUAUCAAUUACUAAAAAGUUAAAUCCAAAACCAACAAUAUCUUCUUCGAUACAUGAAGAAGAAACUCAAAGACCUCCAGAAUUUUCACAGUUUGAUAAAACAAAUAAUAUUACUUCCACCAGUAUACACGGAGACUUAAAAGAUGUUCUCAAAAUUGACGAUGAAGAUUUUUUCAACUGUCCUACUCAAAAAGUAUCAUGUAAUAGUAAUUCUAAAUUCUCAAUGGAUUGUAAGAAACAUGAAUCAAUUCCUAUAAUUAUUAAUGAAGCUGAAACCAAAGACUCGUCGAUACAAUCAAUUUCAAAAACAAGUUUGCCUAGUAUAAUAAAACAAAAUAAAGUAAAUAUUGCCAAUUCUACUCCACAAAAAGUGCUAACUGCAGUUCUGUCGAAAACAAUUUCAAAUUGUUCUAUAAACAUUAAUGAAGACGUCACUAAGAAUCCCAAACAAUUUGAUGAAACAAACAGUCAUAAAGAAACUGUUGUACCUGACAAUGAAGACAGAUGUAAGGUUCAAAAAUCAAAGUUUGUCAAGUCUAAUAUAAAAAGCCUAUCAAAUGUCCAACUACCAGUUAUGUGUAAUGAGAACUCCUCAAAUAGCUUAAGAACUAAUAAACCAAAAAUUCGGGUUAGAGAAGAUCUCCAUAAUAUGUCCUGUUCUGGUGGUUCAAGCAAUAAUUCCACGAUCAUCUUAAAUAAACCUAAUAAAAACAGUAUAUUUAAUAAUAUAAAUACUACGGUGUCUUUUAAUAAAAACUUUGAUUCACCUGGUUGUUCAAAAACCACUACUAUCAAAAAAAAUGAUUUAAACGCAUCAGCAUCUACUAAGCAAGAAUGUUUUAUUGAUGAUUCUAACCAAUCUCAAGUAUCUAUUUCCCUUAAAUAUAAUAACCAUUUGAAACAAAUGAAUGAAUCAAUAUUUAGUCCAUUAAAUAUACCUGAUGUAAGUGCAAACUCAUUGUUAGAAGAUCAUUCAUCUCCAAUAACCAUUGGGAAUAAUUUAAAUACCUUAAAAUGUGAACCAUCUACUUCUAGUAACGAUGCUUUUAAAUGGAAAUCAUUUUGGAAUAAGAAAAGAGAACAAGGUCAGGAUAAAGGAAGAAGUGAUAAACAAAAAAGUAUCAAAAUCACACCAGAAGUUAAGGAAAAUAAAGAACGGUACCAAACAAGAGCAAUAACUAGAAAACGAAAGCAAAAUGGCAUAGUAGAAAGCAACAAAAAAUUAUGCAACAGGAAUAAUAUAUCAGAACCAUUGGUUGAAAAUUCAUCAGAAAUUGUUGUUAGUUUUAGUUAUCUUAAGAGUCGUCACCUGCAAGAAAUGAAAGAAUUUGUUGAAAAAACAGGUGGGACAGUUACCGAUGAUAUUACACAAUGUACAGUAUUGGUAACAGACAAGAUACGGUGCACAAUGAAAAUACUAUCGGCAAUAGCCAAAGGGUGUCCAAUUGUCAAUGUGAAUUGGGUGAAACACUCUUACACUGUUAAAAUGUUUCAAGACGUUGACGAUUUUAUAAUUGCGGAUAAAGAUGCGGAAAGAAAAUACAUGUUUCAGCUUAAGAAGUCGUUAGCCAAAGCCAAGACCAAGAGACUCUUAGAUGGAUAUAAUGUUUUGGUUACUCCAUCAGUGAAACCUAGUCCCCAAGAAAUGAAAGUGAUUAUAACUUGUGCUGGCGGCAAUUUUGUCUUAAACUGGACAACAACACAAUACACAAAGGAGUUGAUUGUGACGUGCGAUAAAGACCGUACUCGAUGGAAGCCAGUGUGGGAUAACGAUUUAGCCAAAAUAAUUGACAGUGACACCCUUGUAAUGUCUAUUAUUAGACAACAAUUGACUAUAUAA